AUGGGUAGAAAAGAGUAUCGCGCUCACCUAGAGCAAGCUGCCGCAAGUCCCGAAACCUAUGGAGUUCUGCAAGUCUGCAACAAGGAUUCCGAGAUCGAAGUCCUUGUCCAAUGCCAGCAUGGACCCCUCACCGUCACUGCCGUCAUAGACGAGACCUGUGACUACCCUCAGUCCCACAGCUUCAUAUCCCUUUACGUUCAAGACUCCGCACCCAACGACAUCUCUCACGCCAUAGCCACGCUUGCUGAGCAACAGAUUGGACCCAAGACAAUCUUCACCUUGCUCAGGGAAAUCUCUCAGUGCUUGUCCACCGACACUGACGGUGAUACCGACAUGCCUGACUCACAGCCCGACGACCUCGACGAGGAUGACGAUUUUGAGGACGGUGCUGAAUUAAGUGACGCUUCUGACGAUGACGACUUCUUCGGCAUCGAGAAUCGGCCCCCGUCGGCUGAAAGUACGGAAACUGAAACCUACGACGACAUCAUCCCACUCGCGAAACGUAACCUUGUCCGACGCGAUCUGGUACGUGUGAAGGAGGCUGGCUUCCGAGUUAGUGUGUGCGGCCCGCUUGUCCAAGGCCACCCGGGAUACUUGAUCUCCACCUGUCGCAUCGCCAAGCUGGGUAUCUCUGAUGAAGCCAUGCAGGCUUGGCAACUGUGCCCUGCAGACUAUCUUGUCCUUCUCAUCCACUAUCCAAAUGGAUAUAAGCACAUCGGCGACAUCCAAGAAUCGACUGGGUGGAAGGGUAUGAUGGACUUCCGCUUUGGAGUAUGCUCAUCCUACAAGCCUUCCCGAAGUGAAGUCAUCAAGGCAUUUUCUACACUGACUGCAGACUCUCCCAGUGAAGAUGACAAAUCAAAGCUGCAAAAGCUCUUCAUAUCCGGACCUUUGAAAGACCUCUUCUGUGAGAAGUUCUUACCUCUUCUCAAAUGUAGAGUCAAGGAGGGAAUGUCCUGGGAUGGCGCCAUGGCGUUUUGGCAUGAUCACCAUGCCACCGAACAGAAGGGAAAGCUGGCACGCGACCCGAAAUAUCAGAAGGAAGAGACGUCAGCCACGAACCUCCCUGCACUAGUGACGGAAGACCACAUAUCCAGCUUCAACUCCAAUCACGCACCCGGAGAUCGACUAUCGCUUCCCUUGGUGGCAAUGCAGUUUUACGUUCGUCAACUCGUUCGCUGUACGGAAUUCUGUCUCAUAUGCCAUCGGAAGAUGCCCGCAGACAUUGAGGCAAUCAAGCCGUAUGUCUGCGAGAGCCAGCUAUGCCUCUAUCAAUACUCGCAUCUGGGUUUCGGCCCCAGUAUUGAGCACGAGAUCAUCUCCCAACCAGCAGUUGUCGAUCUACUGGUCAGCCUCUGCUGGGCAACCGUAAAAUCUGGUCGACUCAAACCAAGGCAUCUUCCGUUGGGUCUCGGACUGAGAGUCCCCCGGGUUGAUAUUCUGAAACUGGGUGGAGCUGUGACUGAACCUUACCCAGUUGUGGGCACAGCACCAGUCAGCUUACCUGCACCAAGCAUGGACAACAAUAAUAAGCAAUGGCUUCUACCUAGCGAGACGGCGCACGCCGCACGCCUGAACUUGGAGACUCGUGAGCUCCUUUUUGAGAUGACGGUGACUCGCGCAAGCCUCAAUCUCAAGCCAGGAGACUGGAUUCAAUUGAGGGUACUGGACGUCGAGGAAUCUCUCCAUUGCAAGGUGGAGCAGAUAAUGCUUCCGAUUAUCAAGCUCUCUAAGCCCAUUCUAUACUCCGCCACGGAACGCUCGAGGGCCUCUGGGCAGGACAUUCCGAUCUCUGUGUUCCAAGAUGCCAACUUUGUUGCAUACGACAAAGAUCUCGACUCCUUGGAUCCAUCCUCCAUGCAGGAAGCAAUGGUUGUGCUACUGGACCUUCUGCCAACCGUCAAGGAGAUGAGAGAAUUCUUGCUCCAGGGAGGAGCGCAUGCGGAUCUGGCGAAGUGGCCGAGGAUAACUUCUUCUUCCUUAGGGCUACUUCGAUGGAUUGUUGCCUCUAACCGUGCCUGCAUCAUGCAAAUCGGCGAUCCGAAUGAAGAAAAUGAACAAGAUCACGUCUGGGGAAUGCCGGGAUGGAAACAGUUCAGGAUUGCCAUGGGUGCACCGGACAAGGAGCGCCGUUUCAUUAACUCUGUCAGCAAGGUGGGAUGUGCGAUCAACCCUGACAUUCCAACCAUCUUCGCCUGGCACGGAAGCUCCUUGUUCAAUUGGCACUCUAUCAUACGCGAGGGUCUAAAUUUCGAGGAGACCAUGAAUGGUAGAGCCUUUGGUCAUGGAGUGUAUUUAUCCAAGGACCUCACAACUAGCUUAGGCUACUCGCGGUUCGGUAUCUACUCGAACACGAACACGAACACAAGCAACAAUUGGCGUUCUAGCGAGUUAGCGAUCCACGACGCUAUUUCACUCAACGAGGUUGUAAAUGCUCCCAGCAAAUUCGUUUCCUCAACCCCCCACUUCGUCGUCGAUCAGAUAGACUGGAUCCAGACAAGGUACCUCUUCGUCCACACCUCAGCUUCCAGGCCGGCGGUAUACCAACCCAGAGCGGCGCCAAGGACGCCGGAUGAACAACCGAGACUGUUGAAUCCUAUUGUUCAAGACUCUACGCAUUUCCCCGUCAACAUCGCGCACGAGAGGAUUGAGAUUCCAGCAUCUGCUACAAGAUCGCGCGCGAAGGCAGCAAAAUCUUCGCCAAGACGUCAAUCAGUCACCAAGGGAUACAAGAAGUUGAAGACAGGAAGUAUUCAAGAUCCAAUCCAUGACGAUGACGACGAUGUCCGCAGCGAAAUGACGGACCAAGAUGACUGUGAGCUACUCCAGAUGGAAUCGGAGCAAACUGAAUCCGCCACUGCUUCAAACAAUUCCGCUUUGACGGACUUCGUGCCUGGCAAGCUUGACUUCAAGACGUUGGAGAUUUUUCCUUCUCCGGAGGGUGAUGCUGCUUCUAUUUCGGCUUCAAGGCGCCUUCAGGCGGAUUUCAAUGCUAUCAGGAAAGUCCAGGACUCCCAACCCCUUCAUGAGCUUGGCUGGUACAUCGAUCCGGAACAUACGGACAAUCUCUACCAGUGGAUAGUUGAGCUCCACUCCUUCGAGCCAAGUCUCCCUCUUGCUCAAGACAUGAAGGAAAAGGGUGUAAAAAGCGUCGUUCUGGAGCUUACGUUCGGAAAAGACUACCCCUUCGCCCCUCCCUUCGUUCGCGUCAUUCGCCCGCGCUUCCUGCCUUUCCAACAGGGCGGCGGCGGCCACGUCACGGCUGGUGGCGCGCUUUGUAUGGAACUACUUACUAACGACGGAUGGAAUGCUGUCAAUUCUAUCGAGUCCGUUCUCAUGCAGGUCCGCCUCGCGAUGUCUUCAAGAGAGCCUCGUGACGCGAGGCUUGAUCCGCGCGCUUACAACUCGGACUACCGCAUCGGCGAAGCUGUAGAAGCAUACAUUCGUGCAUGCGACACCCACGGCUGGAAGGUGCCUCCGGGCUUCAUGCAGAUGGUCCGGGCUGGUAGGGCUGGCAGGGCGGACUCGGGCCUACUCCUAAGGUUUGGGUGA